AUGUCUGCGAACGGACUGGGCCAGAACAUCGCUCUCGCCGCCACAAACGCAUGCUCCUCAUGCAGUCGUGGUAAACGAAGAUGCGACCGGGCCACACCACGUUGUUCAACAUGUAUCCGAUUUGGACGGACCUGUGUCUACGAUGGUCGACCAGCACAGAACUUGCGCCAGGGUGUGCAUCAUGCAGUACAGAUUCCUUUAAACCAGGGCAAUGCUCAUCAGACGCUCGCAGUUGAUUCAGUUAUGGGACUACUGGGUGGAGACCUAAAUCAUGGCAUCGAUGCUCAUGCCGGACACUCGUUGUCUAAAGAAGCAAUUGACAGAGCAGUUCGUCUGCAUGCCUUCAAAAUCAUUGGGACUAAUCUCCAAGCAAUUCAAGACCUUGCCGCCUUGUUCUUCGACACCAUUUAUGUGAAAAUCACAUUUCUUGCCAAAGGUCGCUUUCUGGAUAGAUUAAGUGGUGGAAUUGAAGAGGCGCCUGCAGAUUUUGUCGCAUUAUGCCUGUGCCUCAGUCUGAUUUUGCAGCGCCCUGCCCCCGGCACUCAGACCAUGCAAUCACCACAUUAUGUUAUCGUCAAGAACAUCAUUAGCCUCCUCGAGUCAACAGGAUAUUAUUUGACACUCGAUCACAUUCAGUGUCGAUUGUUUGUGAUCUUCUAUGAGAUCGGCCACGACAUAUUUCCGGCUGCUUCAGUGUCUGUUGGGGCUUGCGCACGAAUGGCGCGGGCUCUAGGCCUUAGCCAAAAUUGGCAUCGGCCCAUUCGCAACGAGCUAGGUGAGGCGAUAGUGGAAGAAGAGAGGAGGGCGUGGUGGGCGAUCUAUAAUCUCGAUAGGUUCACCAACCUUUGCAGUACAGAUGCAGUAUUCGCGACUGAGGAACCCCGAGUGGUGGACUUACUUCCCAUCGAAGAUGCAAGAUGGUUUGAGAAUGACAUCCCCGACACAGUUUUCAUAUCCAUCGGCAGCCCGUCUGAUUUUUCCAUCGGCCAAAACGUUGGGCAGUUUGCUCGCGAAUGUCAAGCUUCAUUCCUAGCAGGCAAAGUCAUGCGCCAUAUUGUAGAGCCCAUUUCUGAUCUCGGGUUCUACCAAGCCGAAGAAGCACAACUCGAGCGCACCCUGAAGGCAUUCUCUCCGAUAUUGGUGGAAGAAGACACCAAAUAUGGUCAAUACUGCUCGGCACUCGCAAUUUGCACAAGCACCAUGUUCGCACUUCAUCAUGCGGCACUGAACAGCCCUGAUGACAAUCCUCUGAACAAACUGCGUGUCACAGACAGCAUGAAAGCCAACUCCAUCCGCAUCGCACAAUUCGCCACCCACAUAUUUCUUGGAAAGGAAGAAGUGGACAUAGAUAUCCUGUCACCGAUCAACGUGCACUGCCUUUACCUUGCCGCGAUUGUGGAGUUUCAAGCCUGGAAAGAAAGUAAAGAGGUCUUCUCGAAACGAAGGUUCUUUAACCUCAAAGACGUCAUUGGAAUCUUUGCCAAACGAUGGCUCGUUGCAGUGAAUUAUGUGAACGCGCUAGCGAGGCUUGAAGCAGAGGCUUAG